UCAAUUAAAGCCGUAUAGUGGAGAGUCCUAGGCAGCUAUUAAGCAUGUCAUUUGAAGGUUACAAUGAUUUCGUGGUGCUCACAGAGGUGGUAAGUUCGUAAGCAAUAUGUACAUUACCUGGAGCGGCAGCUGCAGGAGAAUGUCUGCGCCUGGGCAAAGAAGUCAAGGAAUCACCACAAGAACACCGCGUGGGCCUGCAUCCCCCAGAGCCUGAGCACGCUAGAGGAAAUGGCAGUCAAGGCUUGCAUGGCUGCUCAGAUCUAUCAACGGAGCAUGGUCAAGAUGAUAGCCACCGUACAAAGGAAUACGCAGGAGUGUCGCCUGGCCAACGUUUUGUUGAACAACAUGAAGCUCAUGGGUAGCGAGAGUGGGAGCGAGGGCGAGGAUGCACUGCCAGCCAACUCUGUCGAAUGUUUGGUCGAUAAGGCAACGCAAACCGUAUGCACCGAGCCAUCAAAUGAUAUUAUAAGUCACAGUCAGAGUAAUUUCCAUGCAGAUGACGAUUACGGCAGCGUUGAGCUGCGCCAGAAAAUCGAUUUGUUUCAGGCGCGACUCGAAAAAUCAGAGGCCGACAAUGAACUCCCGUGUCGCCGCUGUCGUCAACUUCGUCGCAACAAGCGUGUUGUCCUUGAGCAGCAGCAACAGCAGGAGCCAGUGGAGGACGAAGAUGCAGUUGGCAAGGAAAUGGCCCUGCUAUUUGGCGAUGAGAACACCGAUCUAAAUGAAAUCUUUGGGAUUGAAAGCACAACAGACGACCUUCAGGUAUCGGCCAUCCUGGAGGAGCUGCCCGGCAUAGACGACACUGAAGAUGCGCCCUCACCCUUGGUAUCAACCGCAGAGCACAGUGAAACGAAUUUAGGCACCAGCCGCUGGCCCUGCGAACUGUAUGCCCAGCGCCGGCGACUCAAUGCCUGCCUGAUUCGCUUGCUGGAGGCCGACUGGCGGUGCGAGGAUAGGCUGCGGCACAAAUUCCACAUACUCUUUGGCGAGGACAGUGACGAUGAGUUUUCUGCCCAAAUAUCAAGUCCCUCGAUCGAUCUGGUGGAUGAAGUACUGCUGGCCAGCUGUAUCCUCCGCAUUCGCCCGUGGAUUGUGCGGCACCUGAUGGCUCCCCUCCAGGAGUCUCUCAUUGCCAAUCGAUUUCUGUUUAAGAAACUAGCCAAGAUGAUGGCCCACCAGAUUGUCAUGGCCAAUCCGUACUGUUCGGAGCAACAGGUCAAGCAGGCGGUGGAGCAGCUCUUCUGUAUUUUACCGCGAGGAGUGCAGAGCGCCUAUGAUCUCCAGAGUUUGCCUCCCGUGGAGGUGGAAAGAUUUAAGGAAUGAAAAAUGCCACGCCAUAAUCCUACUAGUCUCGUAAAUCGUACAAAUUAAUUACGAAUUUAGUCAGAGGGAAAGCCAGAACAGAAGUCAAUUAUUUUUCGUUUUUUGUGGUUUCUUUAAAUUAUAAUUAAUUCAAUGAUUACAAUAAUUUUCUUGCUGCACACA